GUCAUACCUUUUCCAGCUAGAACGAUUAUAAUACGGAGAUACUCUGCAUCGUGUAAUUCGUUUUGGCAACCACUGAGGAAACUUGUCGUCAUACUAUUUAACAACCACUGACGAAGCUCGUGGUCAUACCCUUGAUGGCUUCGCUGGCCUCCGGCAUUGUGUUGGCAUCCAAAACAUGAUGCCGAGGCCAGCUCCACUAUCUUCCUUCAUAAUACUGCCCCUAAUGCUAUGAGCAUUAGGGGGAACACAUCAAUAUACUCUUCUGACUCGAGGGUUGAGGAGUCAGGCAUUGGCUCGUCAUCAUUGGGUUGAGAAGGCCAUGGUUCCGUUAGUAUCAGCACGUCGUCAUUGGGUUGAGAAGGCCCUUGUUGCGUUAACAUUAGCACGUCGUCAUCGGGUUGAGAAGGCCCUGGUUGCGUUAGCAUCACCACGUGGUCAUCGGGUUGAGAAGGCCAUGGUUGCGUUAGCAUCACCACGUCGUCAUCGGGUUGAGAAGGCCCUGGUUGCGUCGGCAUCACCACGUCGUCAUCGGGUUGAGAAGGCCCUGGUUGCGUUAGCAUCACCACGUCGUCAUCGGGUUGAGAAGGCCCUAGUUGCGUUAGCAUCACCACGUCGUCAUCGGGUUGAGAAGGCCCUGGUUGCGUUGGCAUCACCACGUCGUCAUCAGGUUGAGAGGGGUCCACUGGACCAUCUGUCCCUAAUUCUUCCUCGAGGACCCUCACCUUGUCUAUUAGGGGUCUCAAACACCUCUUGCCGAACAUCUCUUCCUCCUCCUUGUCACUCUCGGGUGAAGAGAUUCUAUGCCUUUUGCGGCUUUCAUUCCUCUUCCCCCUACCCUUGUCAAUCGAGGAUCGCUGGGUCUCUCCUGCCUUCGCAUCCAAAACAUGAUGCCGAGGCCAGCUCCACUAUCUUCCUUCGUAAUACUGCCCCUAAUGCUCAUAGCAUUAGGGGGAACACAUCAAUAUACUCUUCUGACUCGAGGGUUGAGGAAUCAGGCAUCGGCUCGUCGUCAUCGGGUUGAGAAGGCCAUGGUUCCGUUAGUAUCAGCACAUCGUCAUUGGGUUGAGAAGGCCAUGGUUGCGUUAACAUUAGCACGUCGUCAUCGGGUUGAGAAGGCCAUGGUUGCGUUAGCAUCAGCACAUCGUCAUUGGGUUGAGAAGGCCAUGGUUGCGUUAACAUUAGCACGUCGUCAUCGGGUUGAGAAGGCCCUGGUUGCGUUAGCAUCACCACGUCGUCAUCGGGUUGAGAAGGCCAUGGUUGCGUUAGCAUCACCACGUCGUCAUCGGGUUGAGAAGGCCCUGGUUGCGUUAGCAUCACCACGUCGUCAUCGGGUUGAGAAGGCCCUAGUUGCGUUAGCAUCACCACGUCGUCAUCGGGUUGAGAAGGCCCUGGUUGCGUUAGCAUCACCACGUCGUCAUCGGGUUGAGAAGGCCAUGGUUGCGUUAGCAUCACCACGUCGUCAUCGGGUUGAGAAGGCCAUGGUUGCGUUAGCAUCACCACGUCGUCAUCGGGUUGAGAAGGCCCUGGUUGCGUUAGCAUCACCACGUCGUCAUCGGGUUGAGAAGGCCCUAGUUGCGUUAGCAUCACCACAUCGUCAUCGGGUUGAGAAGGCCCUAGUUGCGUUAGCAUCACCACGUCGUCAUCGGGUUGAGAGGGGUCCACUGGACCAUCUGUCCCUAACUCUUCCUCGAGGGCCCUCACCUCGUCUAUUAGGGGUCUCAAACACCUCUUGCCGAACAUCCAUUCCUCCUCGUCGUUACUCUCGGGUGAAGAGAUUCUAUGCCUUUUGCGGCUUUCAUUCCUCUUCCCCCUACCCUUGUCAAUCGAGGAUCGCUGGGUCUCUCCUGCCUCCACAUAGGAGAGACUCUUCUCAGAGGAGGAGUCGAGAGAACGCUCGGAGAGGAGGCGAGUGUGGAAGGAGGGGUCUCAUCGUCUCUAACUUCCAGCUGAUGGAUAGAACAAGGACAAAAAGCAACAACAAUUACUAGAUGUGUACAGCCAAACUUUACACCUAUCUUCAUCCUCCCCCCCCUCUAAGUCACGUCUUUAAACGAGAGUUAAAAAAGCGUUCAUUUUUUAUUCUCCAUCACAAGUUCAACCAUCACCCCACUUUUUUUUCAUGACAACCACACAUCCAAAAUAUAUACCAAAUUAAUCUAGAAAGAAAUUCAAAUGUUUUUUGUUACUUGCUUUUUGAUCGCGCCGCAAUUGAUUUUUCAGUUUCAAGAAGAGAAGCGCUUAUUUCAGACCCCACUUUAGCAAGCUCCUUCCAAUUAUCCGCUGUAAAAUUAAUCCCCUUUUUACCCGGAAACAUUUUUGUACCCAUCCCUUUCUUUUGAUAAUAUUCCCUUAUAUUAACAUACGGCUUCCCACAAAAUGUUUUCACGACAACAAAAUGCGAUUUCCCCAAACUAAAUGCUUUUUUCACCCCAUCUUCAAAGAUAUAGGGCUUUUCUAAUGGCUGCUUUACACUAGAUGCUGUUGACUUUUCCUCCCUAUCCCACUCUUUACAAUCAUCCUGACGUUAAAAAAAAGGAAAAAAUGAAACCAAUUAUUCAAUUUUGUUUCUGUCAGACACUCGUGAAGCUUAAGAUACAGUGCAUCGUUAUAAUCCAAACUAUACACACACUUCACACGCAAACAAAUCCACAAAAAAAUCUAAAAAGCAAUAUGUCUUACCUCGUACACUCUUUGUAUAAUGUUGUCAGCUUGCUCUCUUGCCUUAACUUCAUCCACGAUUUUGUUGGUUGGUGGAGCCAUUUUUUAAUUUUACAAAUUUCAAAAUUGAAGACUUAUUUAAAUGAAAUUUAGACGAAGAUAUAACAGUAGCAAAAAACAAUGAAUGAUAUGAAUUGAAGACAAAGGUAAAUUGUGUUGAAGAUAUAAGAGUAGCAAAAAACGAUGAUCGAGAUAAAAUAUUUUGAAGAUGAAGGUAAUUUUUUUAGGUGAUCAAGAUCAAAUAUUGAGGACGUGUGUGUCGGGAGAGAUGCGAAUUUGACAGCUGUCAAAAGUGAGAAUGAUGGCCUUGAUUGAAGUCCCAUCUUUAUACCCUUCACCUUCCUACCUGUUUGACACAUACAUGAGUAUGGAUUUCACUCUUGUACCCCAUCAUCCCCUCUUUUACCUGUUACAAUCGAAAACAUUUUACGCUCAUCGAACAUCAUUCCCUCUUUUACCUGUUACAAUCGAAAACAUUUUACGCUCAUUGAACAUCAUCACCAUUAAUACCCGUUACUUUUAUGAUCCUGGCAACGUUAUACCAACGUACCUGCAUCUUCCCCAACAUCAAGUCCUCCAACUACCCGCAUCUUCUAAAAGGUCGCCGAACUUCAACACCCAUCAACUUUUACGACCGGGGGUGUUACGUAAUAUACAAUAGGUCGUAAAAAUCCUACCUAUACUGCUAUACUACUCUUCUAGCCAGUAGUCAAAUGUUCGUACUUGCAGCCAUUUUUGCUCCUCCCAAUAUGUAUCCAACAAUCAGUGAUUGGGUCCCCCUCAGACUCACUGUGUCUUUCCCUUACUUUGUUACAUUAUGUUGACACCACUCUUCUUCCGUUAAAUUCUGCAGUUCUCCCCUCUCCAUUCCUUUUCCAAUGGGCAUUUUUCUUCAACAAUUUUACCAGAUAGACCUAUCAAAUGUAAUCGGAUGCUAUGUAAUGUUAGCACAGCGUCUGUUGUCGGUAUAGUUAGAAGAAGACUCGACACAUAAACCUAACAAUGACUCAAAACACACAGUUAGAUGUCUGUCCACGGUUCUCCUACCUGAUAGCCCAGUUCUGCCUGUUACAGCCAGCAGAAUGAUCUUAUUCUGUUCUGUUUUAAUUAUAUUCAUGGAACAAACAAUAGUGUAGCCCAUAAAAGAACCAUAUUGCAAUGCUCGGGCAUGGAUCUGGCCAGAUUAGACACACUACCAUUGCAGGGCCCAUCUUGUUUAAAUUGCACAAUCCCCUUUUAAAACUAUUUUGUCUAAUCUGGAUGGAUAGCCUUGCAAUGCUUAUAUACAGUAGUGCUUCCCCAUUGACACUGUCUUAUUUUUUUGCUCUGACAUCAGCUUUUCUUCUUCAUGUGUAGAACAUGAGGAAUGGGUCCCUCUUCAGACAAGACCGAGACAGUGACUGAUACAGUGGUCACCAGGACAGAGACAAUGGCACCCUAGACUGAGAUGAGACAUGAGACAGACACACAAUUUCUGUCAUGAGACAUGUCUCAAGACGUCCAACACUGAUCCUGAUUUACCAUAAUCUUUGAUUCAGUCAACAUUCUGUGAUACUCGGUUGUUGAUACAUUGUAAUUGGAAAAUCCCAUCUCUUGACAACAAUGUCUUUGUUGAUUAACAUAUAAAUACUUAAAUUAUCAAAUAAUUUCCUGAUCUGAUCCGAGGUCUACAUGGAAUUGAAAUCAUGUUUCUAAAUAUGAAACACUGAUAUGCCACUGGAUCAUGUCCCAUUUCCAUCAUGUCCUUCAUUAUAUCAGUUUGACUUUACAAGAAUUCACCAACUAAAUCCAUAUCAGUUAAUUUUGAUUCAAUAUCAGAUUUCAUUUUUUUUUAAAUAUACCUGCAGUCUAUAUGUAGCCUGAAUCUGGAUUCGGUUAGGUGAGGAUAUAAUAGGUUUUCAGGUCAAGGCAUGCCUAACAUGAUGCAGAUGAUGGGGGGGGUGCAGAGCAACCUUUUUUGUGAGUGCCAAGAGGUAUCUCUUUCUUGCAAUGUUAAGUAAAACCAUUUUUAUGCAUAAAUUGAUCUCAAAAGGUUGUCUAUUCAUAGAUAUUAGCCAGCUUUUACAUUAAUUUAGAAAAAUAUAUUGAUUUGUGUAAGAAAAUUGUCAUCUAUUUUGCAUAGUAUACAACUAAGUCUCAAAAUGUUAAUUAGAAUGAAUUAUUUUCAUGCAGCCAAACCUGUGUAACAUAAUUCAUGAUGUACAAUUUAAAUGUUUAUCCCAUGAUUAGUGUAUGACUAGUAUUUAUAAAAUUGAAGUUAUGAAUUAACUUUAAACAUAAGACCACUAUAUUGUGAGAUGUGAUAAUUAUUAACCUCCAUUAGUAUUUACAAACUGCAACACCUUUCCUACAUGUAGCUCAAACCAUUAGGGGGGUAUCUGAUUCAGCUAUUGUUCCGCAAUAUAAAUGUACAAUAACUAAUGUUGACAAUAUUGUGACUGGGUUGCAACUAAUCUACAAAAUGCUGUGUGGUACCAGAUUUGUUAGAACUUUAAUACAAGAACUAAAUAAACAUUUUGACUGCGUCAUAACAUAAUUCAUCGAUAAUUGUUGUGUUGCACCAGAUUUGUUCUACAACCUUCAAGAACUAUAUUAUCCACAUUGUGACUGGGUCAUGGCUGAUCUAUGAUUGCAGUAUGGUACCAGAUUUGUUUUCCAACCUACAAGAACUUUGUUAUCAACAUUGUGACUGGGUCACAGGUCAUCUACGAUUGUUGUGUGGUACCAGAUUUGUUCUACAACCUUCAAGAACUUAACACUGUGACUGGGUCACAAUAUAUCUACAAUUGCUGCAUGGUACCAUACAUUGAUUUGUUCUAAAACCCUCAAGAGCUUAUCAACACUGUGACUGGGUCACAAUAUAUCUACAAUUGCUGCAUGGUACCAUACAUUGAUUUGUUCUAAAACCCUCAAGAACUUAUCAACACUGUGACUGGGUCACAAUUUAUCUACAAUGGCUGCAUGGUACCAGAUUUGUUCUACAACCUACAAGAACUUAUUAACACUGUGGCUGGGUCACAAUAUAUCUACAAUUGAUGUGUGGUACCAGAUUUGUUCUACAACCUUCAAGAACUUAUCAACACUGUGACUGGGUCACAAUAUAUAUCUACAAUUGCUGCAUGGUACCAUACAUUGAUUUGUUCUAAAACCCUCAAGAACUUAUCAACACUGUGACUGGGUCACAAUUUAUCUACAAUGGCUGCAUGGUACCAGAUUUGUUCUACAACCUUCAAGAACUUAUCAACACUGUGACUGGGUCACAAUUUAUCUACAAUGGCUGCAUGGUACCAGAUUUGUUCUACAACCUACAAGAACUUAUUAACACUGUGGCUGGGUCACAAUAUAUCUACAAUUGAUGUGUGGUACCAGAUUUGUUCUACAACCUUCAAGAACUUAUCAACACUGUGACUGGGUCACAAUAUAUCUACAAUUGAUGUGUGGUACCAGAUUUGUUCUACAACCUUCAAGAACUUAUCAUCAUUGUGACUGGGUCACAAUAUAUCUACAAUUGAUGUGUGGUACCAUAUUUGUUUUACAAACUACAAGAACUUAUCAACACUGUGACUGGGUCACAAUUUACUACAAUUGCUGUAUGGUACCAUAUUUGUUCUACAUCCUUCAAGAAUCCAUCAUCAUUGUGACUGGGUCACAACUUAUCAACAAUUGCUGCGUGGUACCAGAUUUGUUCUACAACGUACAAGAACUUAUCAACAUUGUGUCUGGGUCACGCGUCAUCUAUGAUUGGUACAUGGUACCAUAUUUGUUCUAUAUCCUUCAAGAACCUAUCAUUGUGGCUGGGUCACAAUAUAUCUACAAUUUCUGUAUGUUACCAGAUUUGUUCUACAACCUACAAGAACUCUGUUAUCAACAUUGUGACUUGGUCACAAUUUGUCUACAUUGCUGUAUGGUACUAGCAUUUUUCUGCAACCUUCAAUAACCAGUGUUACCAACAUUGUUUUGAAGCCUUGGUACAAUUUCUGUAUGGUACAUAAAUGUGUUCUGAAGCCCUUAUAUGUAUCAACAUUGUUAUGAACCUUGAUAAUGUAUUUUGUCACUCCAGAAUGUACUGUAAGAACUGAGCUCUUGAUAAGAGAUUUGUGUAAUUUGUAGAUCAUGUCACUAAUUGAGAUGUUUUUUUUUUCUUAGAAGUAUUGUGUUCUAACACCAUAUUUUGAAAUGAUGGAAAAUUGCACAUCUAAUUAUUUUAACAUCAACAAAUAAAGACAAACUGGUAUAGCUAAUGUAAUUUUAGUUCAUGGGUUUGGCUGCAUGAUUACUUUUUCAUGGUUUUGGUCAAAUUUAUUCAUAUUACUAUAUCAAUAUAUUAUUUUAUUAACAGGCAUUUGGGCAGAAGUGAAACUCCUUCAGGUUUUUUUUUCUGGUGUAAGAUAUUCUGUAUUUUCAAAAUACUUGUAAUUGACUGGCUUGAAUUACAUGUACAUACAAACAUGACAUUACAAGUACUGUGUGCUUGAAUAAUAUGUGCCAUCUUCGAACUCAUCUUCCUGUGUACAGUGCACUAUAAAUAUAAACAUUGGCUAUUUUGUAUUGUAAUCAAGUUUGAAAUGUAAAUAAAUGAUUAUGAGAAGAAAAAAUAACAUGAUGCAAUAGAGAAUGACAUGAAAUAUUUUCUGUUGAUCUCUUUGCAUUGUGC